GUCAAGUCGAAUCUUUCCCCCAAGAACACUCUAUAACCAUUCAAGAUGCGUGAAUUGACAGAGGAAGAAGCCAAAGUGCUUUUCUCCAAGCUCGCCAACUACACUGGCCGAUCCUUGAACAAUCUGAUUGCGCCUCCCGAGGGCGAACAGACCGAGCGCCACGUUUUCCGUCUCCAGGGUUCUCGCGUGUACUACCUUCCUCUGCGGUUGGCCAACUAUGCCACGAGCAUUCCCCGCGCAAACCUGCUUUCCGCAGGUACCAUUAUUGGUAAAUUCACCAAGACGAUGAAGUUCAGACUCCACAUUACCGCGCUCUCCGUCAUCGCCCCUCACAGUCGGUACAAGGUCUGGAUCAAGGCGAACGGCGAGAUGCCGUUCUUGUACGGUGGAAAUGUCUUGAAGGCUCAUGCCGCUCGCUGGAGCGAGGAUUGCCCCGAGCACAGCGGUGUCGUUGUUUACAGCAUGAACGAUGAGCCCCUCGGUUUCGGUGUGACUGCGCGCUCUACUGCUGAGGCUAAGAAGCUCGAGCCUACCGGUAUUGUGGUCUUCCGCCAGGCCGAUGCUGGCGAGUACCUGAGAGAGGAGGAUUCCCUGUUCACCGCUUAAGAAGAACGUUCGACGACUCGAAUCUUGCAUGUUGAUAUUGGCAUACUCGAUGUGGAAAAUCUGGGACUGGAGUUUAUGGAGUCAAUUCUGUCUUGUGAAAAGUUCUUUGUCUGCCUCGACUUUGGGGUUUAUACCUGGACUCGGUUAGAUCAUUUGAUGAAUACUAUUAUUACAAUACAUGUCCAU